UUUGUCCUUCAUAUUAAAGCUACCUUCCAAACCCUCCAAUCCCUUUAACUGCUAGCUUUUCCUGCCAUGUCUCUGUUAUUCAGUUAUUGUCUCUACCUCUCCUUCUUCUUCUUGUUGCUGCUAAACGUAACGCCAUCCUUUUCCACUAGAACAGUGCCAACGAUAGCCUCCGACACAUUGAAGAAAAUCGAGGCAUUCUUCUAUGCUCGGAGCGACAGCUACGCUGCCGCCAGAAAAUCAGAGUAUAUACACCAUAGUUUCACGUUGCAUGGCAUACAACAUUACGUGUAUUUUCCUGAAAAACCUAGGUGGGUGCGUAUGAAGCCCAUGACACUCACCUACGCAAUCUCUAAUGACAACCUGAUUAACUACUUGAGCUUAUCCGAUAUACAGCAUGUGUUUAAACGUGCUUUCUCCAGAUGGGCAUCCGUGAUUCCGGUGAGUUUCAUGGAGACUAAUGACUACGGCUUUGCCGACAUCAAAAUAGGGUUUUAUAGCGGUGAUCAUGGGGAUGGAGAGCCUUUUGAUGGGGUGCUAGGGAUUUUGGCCCACUCGUUUUCGCCUGUGAGCGGAAGGCUCCACCUUGAUGCAGCGGAGAGGUGGGCAGUGGACUUUCGGAAGGAGAAGUCCAUGGUGGCCGUGGAUUUGGAGUCGGUGGCGGUGCAUGAGAUUGGACAUUUACUAGGGUUGGGGCAUAGUUUGGUGAAAGAGGCUGUUAUGUAUCCGAGUUUGAAGCCUCGGGACAGGAAGGUCGAUUUGCAUCUUGAUGACAUUGAAGGUGUUCAAGCUUUGUAUGGAUCAAACCCAAAUUAUACGGUUAGCGAUUUAUCGGAGUCGUACAUUUCAACAAACGUGGCCGUUGAUUUCAAAAGCAAUAGACCAUCAACAUGGGGAAAUAUCAUCUUGGUUUUGAUUAUGAUAUUUCUAUGCAUGUAUUACUAAGGGAGACUUCGGAUGUGAUCUUUAGUUAUGAAUAUUUUUUAUUGAAAUCUUGUUGGUUUUUAAUUUUUGAUCA